UUCCCUUUCCCCUCCUUCCCCCUCUUUCUCCAUGUGUUCCUGGCUGGCUUUCCUCUCCCCUCCCCCUUUCUCUGCCUCUACUCCCUUCUCAAUUCCCCUUUCUAUGCCUCCAAAUAAACUCUAUUACGAUAUCCGUCAUACGUCUGGUAGCUCAGGGGAAGGGAUGCCUCAGCAUGGACCAGCCGCACCCUAGAAAUCUUAUCCUUGGCUUAAAACAAACAAACAAACAAACACAAACAAACAAACAAACAAAACUACCUUAAUUUAUAUCUUUAAGAAUACAAAACGUGUGGUCGUCUCUCCAGGUCUACUCCUUCGAAUGAUCCCAGUGUUUUUUCAGUGACUGAUCAAACUCUCAGUUCCCAAUUCUAUUAUCGAACAAUGUCCUCACUGAAUCUGGCGUUUCUUCCACACAUACACAUCCCAUUAGGGGAUGCCACUUUCUUUUUUCCAUUUAUUUAUGCAUAUGUCUGCAAAUACAUGUACAAACCAGAAGAGGGCAUCAGAUUCCUAUGGGACUACAGUUGGAGAUGGCUGUGAGCCACCAUGUAGUUACUGGGAAUUGAAUUCAGGGCCUCCAGACGAGCAGCCACUGCUCUUAACCGAUGAGCCAUUCCCCGUUACCGCACUUCUUUAAAAGCGAUCAUCACUACCCUCAUCCCAAGCUUCCUCUGCACUUAACAGAAUUUAUGCAGCGAGCGCUAUCACCGCGUACAGAUUAUAGUCCUGGCUCGUGCGGCCUCACACCGACCGGAAACGCCCUAGCCACUGUGGAACACCGGAAGGCGACCCUCAUCCCGCUUCCCACGCUAGGACCACGUACAUAGUUUUGCGCACGCGCAGACCCUGCACCUGCGCACUCGUCAUUCUUCGCUCGCAGGCCUCAGGGCGCAAGCGCAGCCCCGCGGCUCUCCGUUAAGAAGAUACAGAGUUAGAUGAACCUAUGUCCUUUAUCACUGUGGAGACCUUGGAGAAUCACCUGAUCACAGAGUUCACAUGUGUUCUAUCCCAGAGGCAGCUGUUGGACAACAAAAGAGGGAAGUUUUUAAACAAGUUGUUUAACUACGGGUCCAAAUUGAAGAAAGAUAUGAAAGUCAUUAUGGAGAGGAGUACAGUACUUGGUUUGCAAUUGUGCAAAGUCUCCAAGUAAAUCAGAGAGAAGACAGCUGUAGUGAGGCCAGAGGUGUGGUACAACCUCAGUGGGCUCACGCACGAGCGCCGCAUCUGUGGACAUGUUGCCAGUCCGGUCCUCACUCCCCUAAAGACAAACACGAAACCUUAAAACAGGUCAAGUGAUGGAUGAGUCAGAUGAUGAUUUCAAAGAACUCUGUGCCAGCUUUUUCCAAAGGGUGAAAAAAAAUGCGACCAAAGAAGCAUCAGGAGAGAGGACGAGGCGGAAGGCCUCCGGGCACACUCAGGAAAGAGGCAAACGGAAAGAAGCCAGCCAAGCUGUCGCCAGGAGCAAAGCCCUUCAAGGCCCUUCAGAGAAGAAACCUCGAUUAGGCAGCCAGACCUCUAGGACUAAAAAGCAAAGGGCACCCAAAUCUCAAGAAGGGGACCCCGCUCUCCCUGUGAAUGGAAAGGGAGGUGUUCUUGCUCCUACCCCAGAUCAGCCUGUGUUGUGUGAAAGACCACAGAGCACUCAGACAGAGAAUGCUCCCAAUGGCGACUCCACGACGACUGGUAUGCCAAGCCCCUCCAAGCCCAGAGCCUCGGAGCUGGUUCUCCAACGGAUGAAGCAGUUCAAGAGAGCGGACCCUGAGCGCUUGAGACAUACCUCAGAAGAAUCCCCCCUCAAGACUGCACCGGGAGAAAGUGUCCCAAGGAGCCUGCAACAGGAGAUAGUGGCGGGAAACGAGUAUAAACCCAAGCUUCACAACACAGACAGCGAUGCUGCAAUGGCCCUGGCCUUACAGCAGGAAUUUAGAAAGGAGGAAGCUUCCUCACGUCCUGACAGCCUGGAGGAGAAGGGCUUGUUCUUCUGUCAAAUAUGUCAGAAAAACCUCUCAGCAAUGAAUGUGACUCGGAGGGAGCAACAUGUGAACAGAUGCCUGGACGAGGCAGAGAAGGCACUGAGACCUGCUCCACCUCAGAUCCCUGAUUGCCCAAUAUGUGGUAAACAGUUCCUCACCGCCAAGAGCCGAAUCAGUCACUUGAAGCGGUGCGCAGUGAGGAUGGAGGUAGGCCCUCAGCUCCUGCUUCAGGCUGUGAGGCUGCAGACAGCUCAGCCGGAGGCGGGCAGCAGCCCUCAGGUACCCAGUUUCAGCAACCAUGUUGGAGAUUUGAAACGGAAAGGAACCACCAAUAAGAGGGAGCCACAGAGGAGAUGGAAAGUCAGUAAACCUGAGGCUCCGUCCGAAGACCUGCUGGUGGCCAUGGCUCUGUCUCGUUCUGAGAUGGAGCACUGUCCAGUUGUGCCCCCACUCAGACUGGAAAAUGCUUAUUCUGAGAAGAAGGGGCCAGGAGCAGAGAAGAAAAGUCGCAGGAAGAGACCCCCGGUGUGUCCCCCACAGUUGGUAACCCAAGACUCUGAGACCACAAGUAGACAGAUCGAGGAUCGUGUCGCCCAGCUCCUGUCAGAGGAAACAGAACUGGCUUGUACCCCACCACUUCCUGCCAGCAAGAUUUCUAAGGAAGAACGGGAACACGCAAGCUGGCGAGUGCGGCAGCCUGAAGGGAGGCGGGGCUUUCUGUGGGAACUCAGUGCCCUUACAGGAGCCUGGGUUAAGGAGUCCUUCUACACAGUGGGCCUGCUUCCUCCACUUGUGUCCCAGUGCCCUCCCAAGGAGCCCGAGCUACCCCUGGAGCUGCCCAAACAACAAGAGCCAAGCACACAGAGGCCACCUGCUUCCCAGAGCAGCCUCCCCGUGAGCCACAGCCCCAAGAGCCAGCUGCUGUCCUCUAGCCAGAGGGAAGGCCAAGCUCUUCAGGACCUUGUGGACUUGGCAGUCGAGGGGCUGAGCUCUAGUCCAUGCUCCAGGAGUGCGGGCAUGCCCACAGGGUUGGACUUGGUACCUAGCAGCCUUCCACUGACGGGAUUUGUUCUACCAUGUCAGAAGACCCUUAGGAAGGAUGACAGUGUCGCACUCUCUCUUGGGUUAUUGGCAACAGACUUUGGGGCCAUGGUCAAUAAUCCGCACCUGAGUGAUGUCCAGUUUCAGCUUGACAGCGGAGAGGUGCUGUAUGCCCACAAGUUUGUUCUGUAUGCUCGGUGCCCACUUCUUAUUCAGUGUGUAAAUACGGAAGGCUUCUCUGCUGUAGAGGAUGGGGAUCUGACCCAGCGUGUCCUGCUGAGUGACGUGAGCUCUGAGGCUGCCCACGCAUUUCUGAACUACCUCUACACGGCAGACACUGACGUGCCUCCCAGCCUGGCUCCUGAUCUGCGUUCCCUGGCCCUAAGGUUUGGUGUGAGUGACCUCGUUGAGCUGUGUGAACAAGUGCCUGCCACAGCAGACUCAGAGGGAGAGCAGCCAGAGCACAGCGAGGAUUGUGAGAGCAGAGCAGAGAACUUCCAAGCGCUCCUGAGGUCCGUGUGGGGGAAUGAAGAGGAGGAAGCGGAGACUCUGUUGAAACCUGAGGUCUGUGAAGAAGACAGAGAAAAAGUGAAUGAGGCGGAAAUGGACGAGAUAUAUGAAUUUGCAGCUACGCAGAGGAAGCUUCUCCAGGGGGAAAGAGCAGCAGCCACGGAUGGGAACACUAACCAGCACGGGGAGGACAGUCCAGUUUCUGAGCCUUCCCUGGCAGGUGUCCAGAAGGACAGACAGCUCGAAAAUACAGAGCAAAUGGCGUCUGGGUUAGAAAGAGAAGAGGUACAUGAAGGAGAUUCCAUUCCACUGCAGGACCAGUGCCCAGACUGGGCAGGGAAAGCAGAGGCCCAGGAUGCACUGGAGGAGGCAGUUGACCACCCUGGCUUCUGCAGCCCUUCUGACAGCCUCCAAGAGACAGGGAAAGAAUGCUUGCCUUUGCACCCAGCCCAGGCCCAUGACUGCAAACAGCUCCUUCCAUCAAAUCAAAGAGCGUCAUUGGAACUGUCACAAGUAACAGUUGGUCAUGAAGAGCAGAGUGACCGCGUCAGGGAGAGGCAGGCAAACAUGGCCCAGGCACCUUCUCCACACCCCUGCUGCCUCCCGUCACAGUCUUCUGUGGGUGACAGUCCCAGCCAGUCAUGGCUUCACCUAUACCACACAAGCAGUUUGUCACCCUCAGUGUCCCAGUCACACAUUUCCAAGGUGGUGUCCCCAAGCUCACCGUCUCCAGUUACACCAGCUAAGCAGAGGAGGGACAGUAACAUUCUCACAUUACGGAAAGAAGCAGGCCACCACAAAGGCAGACAAAACAGCUCCAAAUUGGGACGCAGAAGUAGGAGCAUUCUGAUUUCCCCAGCAAAGUCUCCGCCCAUUGACCUGACGCAGUCUGUACCUGAGCCCCUGAGCCCCAGGGCCCAGGAUCCUCUGCGCCGUGUGAAGAAGGAGGGCGAAGUCAUCCUCUUACUGGAUUCAGAUGAGGAGUGGGAGCUGGAGCACAUCAAGACAGAGUCCGUUUCUAAAGACUCUCCAGGAGGGAAAAUUCCAGAAGUUAGCCCCAGGCCCUCUGACCUGUUGUCAGUCAUUGAUGUAGAGGGAGAUCAAGAACAUUUCCCAAGCCCACCGAAGAGAGAGGCCGGGCUGCAGCAGGAAGAGGAGGGGCAGCUGGGAGACCGGCCUGCGCCGGGCCACAGACACAUCCCCUGGCUCUUCUGCAGCCAGACACCCAGCCUGGGUGAGGACAGCGCUACCGAGAGCUCCUGGCUGGUGCCUGCCACCCCCGGGGCCAGCAAGAGUCGUGAUCGCUCAUCUCAGACCCAGAUCAGAAGCCUUAAGAUCAGGACUCCAUCAGGUGAGACUGCUCAGCAAACACCAAGGCCUCCCGUGCUGGAAGCAGCCCAGAAGUUCUCUGUGAUCAUGCCACAUACACAGCCUGUUACUGUAGGAGCCUCAGACACCAGAAGACAGGCUUACAGAAGCCCUUCCCGUCCCUACCUCAGACGCCACAAGCUCUCUUCUUCACAGCCAUCAUGUCCUGUUCCUGAUUUUACCAGCUGGUGCCAAAAAUCCUCCUCACCUAGACCAUGCCCACCAAAUCCGCCUGCAGCCGAUGAAGUGGUAGAAGUUGGGGACAGUGAUGAUGAGCAGGAGGUGGCUUCCCAUCAAGAAAACAGCAGCCCUGUGCUAGAUGGUGACCCCCCAGGUCCCAUGGGUGACUACUGUUGGCAUGAGCCUCUUUCACCAAUUCCAAUUGACCACUUGAACCUGGAGCGGACUGGCCCCUUGAUCACAAGCAGUCCAGGCAGUCAGGUCCAGGAGGCUCUACAGAGUGAUGGCUGGCACUCCCCAGGACUUGGCACCACCCCCAUCCGAGGAAGCUGUGGUGCUCUCAGAGAGUCUCAAGAGCAGUCCUCACAGGCUGGCUCUCCAGAGAGCAGCAAACUGAGUGUCCUUAGCCAGGCUCUGUGGGAUGACUGGGAUGAGGAGGAAGGACAUUCUCCAGAGGCCCCACCUGUGGCCCAAAUGCUGAGUGCCAGAACUCGGAAGCCAGACAGGCCAGAGACACCAAAAGGUGCUAACCAGAGAAAGAACUUGCCCCCCAAAGUGCCUGUAACCCCAAUGCCAAGGUAUUCGAUCAUGGAGACCCCAGUGCUGAAGAGAGAACUGGACAGGUUUGGAGUCCGUGCUCUGCCCAAACGCCAGAUGGUUCUAAAACUGAAGGAGAUUUUCCAGUACACUCACCAGACUCUGGAGUCAGACUCUGAGGAUGAGAUCCAGUCCUCCCAGGUACCCCCAGGGGUAGCUCGCAGCCAGGCAUCGAACACUGAGACCUGCAACCCUUCAAGGUCAGGAAGUUACACCCAGCUCAAGGCCACUGCAGGUCUCCGGACUCAAAGAUCCAAGGGCCCCAGUAAAAGGAAGAGCCUUCAACAUCAGGAGGAGCAGCUCGGUGAAAGCAUUUCCCACCCGAGCAGGUCACCAGCUGGGGAGCCUUCACGCCCUGAUGGUGACGCCCAGCUCCCAGCCUCCCAGGAGUGCAUGGCUACCUCUGUGGAUGGCAGCGACAACUCCUUUAGCUCUCAGAGCUCCUCUGGUGAGUUUGGGGCUGCCUUGGAGUCUGUAGGCGAAGACAAGGAUGAGGAGGAUGGCGUCACCGCGUCACAGGUAGCGAUGCAGGCCCCAGACACAGAGGAGGCGGUGAGGCGCUACAUCUGCUCGCAGCCUGCCCUGCACAGGAAGGUCCUGAUGUACCAGCCUCUGCAGCUGGCUGAGCUGCAGGCUGAGCUGAAGCAGAACGGCAUUCCUGUGGCCAUGGGCAAGCUGCUGGACAUCCUGGAUGCUCAAUGUGUCACCUUCACGACUGCUGCCGCCCGCAAGGAGAAGCUCAGACAGAAGAGGCGGCAGCCCUCGGGCCGAAAGAAAAAGGAUCAGAAAUGACCGUCCUCCACCCAGUUAGACCUGCCAGAGGCCUGAGCACCUAGUGUAAGGGAGGCCUCCACAGUAUGUCGUAGGACGUGGACCUGUGUCUGUGUAAAGGACAAGAAGUCUUCUGCACUCUAACUGUGUGUGUCACCCUUGGUCUCAGAGCAGACCCUCCCCCCUCAGCCAGCACUAGUUUUCCCCCUUUGGCCCAAGCAGGGUCCCCAUCCUAUGUGUACCUGAAAGGCAGUGGGCCAUACCAGCUGACCAGGCCAAGACCCAAGCCUCUUCUCUUGCCAGUGUCCAGCACAGCCAAGCACACCACGGCGGACCAGACAGGAUGGGCAGCCUGCACCACUAUUGUCAUAGGUGCUCUUCCGCCCUGUGCCUGCCCAGACACUUGCCACUGUCACCAGCAUUCUUCAAGUAGGACUGUGAGUAGGGCCCAGUACAGCUUUGAAGACCCCCAAAGUAAGCAUGUUUGUGGGCUCUGCCCAUUUGUGUUAGGCCUCUUUGACCCAGUGUGGACUCUGGGACCAGAAAAAACCCAGAAGUUUGGAUUUCUACAGCUUGUGAAUGUCCUUAUGUGUUUUAAAUACAGUGAAGUUGUUUUAUAUGAUGUGCAAUAAAAAACAAAGAAGGCUUUAUUUAAAAAAAAAACAAUAAA